GUUUUUCAUUUGCUGUCAUACUGAUUUCUCAAUUCGCCUGGCGAUUUGUUUACGUUUAAUAAUUUUGCGAAAAUAAUAAUAAAACUCAAGCUACAAGAUGUCGUAUAUGUUACCGCAUUUACACAAUGGCUGGCAAGUUGAUCAGGCCAUACUCUCGGAGGAAGAUCGUGUUGUUGUUAUACGUUUCGGCCACGAUUGGGAUCCUGCAUGUAUGAAAAUGGACGAGGUCAUGUACAGCAUUGCCGAGAAGGUGAAAAACUUUGCAGUCAUCUAUUUAGUGGACAUAACAGAGGUGCCGGACUUUAACAAAAUGUACGAAUUGUACGAUCCCUGCACCGUGAUGUUCUUCUUUCGCAACAAACACAUUAUGAUUGAUUUGGGAACGGGUAAUAACAACAAAAUCAACUGGCCACUCGAGGAUAAGCAGGAAAUGAUUGACAUUGUGGAGACCGUCUAUCGUGGAGCAAGAAAAGGACGUGGUUUAGUUGUCUCACCAAAGGAUUACUCCACCAAAUAUAGAUACUAAGAUAGAUCAACUAUUGUAUAUAUUUUAGGCUAUAUUAAAAGUAUCUUGAAAUUGAAA